AUGGCCUCCAGUCACCGGCGAGCGCGUUCCCCCUCGCCAGACGCCGGCCUCGACUUCUUCUCGGACUCGCUCUCGUCGCUCUUCGCCCACCAUGUUCCCGCCCAUGGCGAGCCCGACCAGCUCUUCACCUACACGCCUCCCGCCUCCACCUCGACUGCGCCCAUCACGGUGCGCCUCCCGCCCCAAGCCGUCAACAGCCUGUUCGCGCACCACGCCUGGGACGGCGGGCUGCGCUUGGCCGACAAGCUCGCUCUCGGCGAGCUCGACGUCGCGGGCGAGGACGUGCUCGAGCUGGGCGCAGGGGCCGGUAUCAGCGGGCUGAUGGCGGCACGGAUGGGCGCGAAGAGGGUCGUUCUCUCCGACUACAACGACCCGACCUUGAUCGCCAACCUCCGCUCAAACAUCGACCUCGCCUUUCCCUCGCCCGCCGACGCCCCGAUCCGAGCGAGCCUCUCCGCUCAAGGUCACUCGUGGGGCGACACCGCCACGUAUCCCGCCCUGCUCUCCUCCUCCUCCUUCGCCUCCCCCUCCUCGACACGCGAACCUGAGCGUCGCUUCACCCGCAUCAUCCUCGCCGACACGCUCUGGUCGUCCGCCGGCCACGUUCCCCUCCUCGACUCGCUCUUCGCGCUCCUCGCGCCGACGCCGACGGCACGCGUCUGUAUCGUCGCCGGGCUGCACUCGGGCCGAGCGACGAUCCGCAGCUUCUUGCGCAAGGCGAGCGGGAGAGGGCUCGUGCGCGAGGGCAAGUGGGUGGAGGUCGGGAUCGAGGGGAGGAGGCGCGAGUGGGGUUGGGACGAGCGAGGAAGGACCGAGGGUGGCGCAGCUGCGGCAGCGGGCGCAGACGAGUGGGACGAGGUCGAGGACGCGAGCGAGCGGAACAAGUGGGUCGUCGAGGGGCAGCUCGAGUGGAGCGACGAGGCGUUGCUCGCGAGGAAAGCGAGCGGGACGAAGGAGGGCAGCAAGCCGAGUCCGGGCGGACCUGUAGCGAGCUGAGCGAGGACAGCUUGUACUUGACGAGCCUCUGCUGUUGACG